GAGCGACAUUCAACAUUCUGCCUCAGAAGCAUUUCAUAUAGGAUUCAUAUCGCGUCUUUGCGCAGAUUAUCUCGUAUUUUUGACUUAAAGUCUCCCUGCUCAAAUUGCAGAGAGAAAUUCAUCUCUCUUCAAAUCCCGCGCUUCUGCCACCUCCUUGUCCCGGCGCGAUUCAAAACCCGAUGGUGACUGCACCUCACCAAAAUAACUUGAGCCUCGAUAUCCAGCAAGCUACCAGUGAUCGAUCGGCAGGCAUCAAACACAGCGCCCCAAAGCCUCGACAUUGCCCCCAUUAUGUACAUUGCCUACAUUAUACAACAUGGGGUCAAGCUCAUUUUGAUUACGUAUCUACGGAUUAUGCGCUGUUGAUGUUCUUCUCCACAGAACAAAAAAACCCGACCAUGGAAGGUUCCGAGAGUGCUGCAAAAAGAAUGCAGGGUCCAUACCAAUCUCCCGGGCAGAGCCACGGGCAGCCGAAGGACAGCCACAGGAGGCACGGUAUAACCCACCACUGUAUUUAAGGGUUUUUGUUUCCCCUCGCCCAAGCCCUCCUGUUGAUUGAUGUUUUGUCAUUGUGCUACCUGCCG